AUGCUAAAUAUUCUGAAAAAAGUGCAAAUCUCAAUUCUAAUCUUCAACAUAAUUUGCACAUCAAUUCUUCUCAUGGAUUAUUUUCAUAUCAAUCCAAUUCUAUUAUAUUUUUCAUAUGUUUUUUUCAAUAUUUGUUUGACAAUUUAUGCAAUUAUUGUUCCAAUUAUUCUACAUUCUUCAAUUCCAGAAUGGCAAAAACAUAGUUUGAGAAUGAUGAAAAAAAUUGGAGGAAAACGGAAAAGAGAUUUGAUUGUACCAAAGAAUACUUUUGGAAAACAAAUGAUUUAUGAUAAUCAUAAACAGGAAACUGAUAUUUAUUUUUCGCAAUUUGAAGGGGUUUUGAAUCAAAAAUAA